CCCGCCGGCGGCGGCCGCUGUCAGGAUGAGGCGGAGGAGGCGGAGGCCCGGGCCGGCAGCUCCCGUCUCCCGCCGGGGCCCCCUGGCGUAGCGGUUCCCGCUCCGAAGCCGCGGCUGGAGGCGGAGGAGGCCGCGGCGGCGCCGCCCGCCCGCCGGAGCAAUGGCCCAGCCCGGCCCGAGCCCCGCGACGGACGUUGCUCUUCUACAACGAGUAGCAGAAUUAGAAAAGGUCAAUGCAGAAUUCCUGCGCACAAAGCAGCAACUUGAGCAAGAAUUUAAUCAAAAGAGAGCAAAAUUUAAGGAGUUAUACUUGGCUAAGGAAGAGGACUUAAAAAGACAAAAUGCAGUGCUGCAAGCAGCCCAAGAUGAUCUGGGACAAUUGCGGACCCAGCUGAUGGAAGCUCAUGCUGAAAUGGAGAACAUCAAAGCUAUAGCUACAGUAUCUGAGAAUACAAAGCAGGAAGCUAUCGAUGAGGUGAAGAGACAGUGGCAAGAAGAAGUAGCUUCACUACAAGCUAUUAUGAAAGAGACUGUUCGUGACUAUGAGCUCCAGUAUCAUCACAGGAUGGAGCAAGAGCGAGCUCAGUGGAAUCAAUAUCGAGAAAAUGUGGAACGGGAAAUAGCAGAGUUAAGAAGGCGACUGUCUGAAGGUCAAGAGGAAGAAAACCUAGAAAAUGAAAUGAAAAAGGCCCAAGAAGAUGCUGAGAAGCUGCGUUCAGUUGUGAUGCCUAUGGAGAAAGAGAUUGCAGCACUAAAGGAGAAACUGACAGGAGCUGAAGAAAAAAUCAAAGAGUUAGAAGCAUCAAAGGUUAAAGAACUGAACCAUUACUUGGAAGCUGAGAAGUCAUGUAGGACAGACUUAGAGAUGUACGUGGCAGUUCUCAACACACAAAAAUCAGUCCUGCAAGAAGAUGCAGAGAAGUUGCGGAAAGAACUGCAUGAAGUCUGCCAUCUCUUAGAGCAAGAGCGACAGCAGCACAACCAGUUGAAACACACAUGGCAGAAAGCCAAUGACCAGUUCUUGGAGUCUCAGCGUUUGCUGAUGAGGGACAUGCAACGUAUGGAAAUUGUUCUGACCUCUGAGCAGCUCCGACAAGUUGAAGAACUGAAAAAAAAGGAUCAGGAAGAAGAUGAUCAGCAGAGGCUUAGCAAGAGAAAGGAGCAGAAGCAGAAAGAUUCAGAUGAUGAUACGAAAGCUGCUUGUUCUGUAGCCCAUGAGGAAACCCUUACCCAGCUCUCUAAUGAAGAGGUGCAUGUAAAUAGCGCCCAUGGCUCAGUCCAUUCAUUGGAUGCAGACUUGCUGCUUUCUUCUGGCGAAUCUUUCAAUAAAUCGGAUAAUGAUAUGUUUAAAGAGGGACUACGGAGAGCACAGUCAACAGAUAGUCUGGGGACAUCUGGAUCGUUACAGUCCAAAGCUUUAGGAUACAACAACAAAGCAAAAUCUGCUGGGAACCUGGACGAGUCAGAUUUUGGACCACUUGUUGGAGCAGAUUCAGUGUCUGAGAACUUUGAUACAGCUUCCCUUGGGUCUCUGCAAAUGCCGAGUGGGUUCAUGUUAACCAAAGAUCAAGAAAAAGCAAUCAAAGCAAUGACACCAGAGCAAGAAGAGACUGCUUCACUUCUUUCCAGUGUUACACAAGGGGUAGAAAGCGCUUAUGUGUCUCCUAGCGGUUACCGCUUGGUUAGCGAGACGGAGUGGAACCUACUGCAGAAGGAGGUGCAGAAUGCAGGGAACAAGCUGGGUAGACGCUGUGAUAUGUGCUCGAAUUAUGAGAAGCAGUUGCAAGGUAUCCAGAUUCAGGAGGCUGAGACAAGAGACCAGGUGAAAAAGCUGCAGGUGAUGCUGAGGCAGGCUAAUGACCAGCUGGAAAAGACAAUGAAAGAUAAACAGGAGUUAGAGGAUUACAUGAAACAAAGUGCUGAAGACUCCUCUAACCAGAUCUCUUUGCUUAUGGCUAAAUGUCAAAAGUCGGAGAACUUCCUCAGUGAACUACAGCAGGCGUUUUCGCAAGCAAAGAGGAGCGUCCAGGAGCAAAUGGCUGUCCUCACACAGUCAAGGGAGCAGGUUUCAGAAGAGUUGGUGAGACUGCAAAAAGAUAAUGAAAGUCUUCAAGGAAAACAUAGCUUGCAUGUGUCUUUACAGCAAGCUGAAGAUUUCAUUCUACCAGAAGCAGCAGAGGAGCUCCGUGAGCUGAUUUUAAAAUAUCGUGAAGACAUAAUUGGUGUGCGGACAGCAGCAGAUCACCUUGAAGAGAAACUUAAGGCGGAGAUUUUAUUCUUAAAAGAACAGAUUCAAGCUGAACAAUAUUUGAAAGAAAAUAUAGAGGAAACUCUGCAGCUGGAAAUAGAGAAUUGCAAAGAAGAAAUAGCUUCCAUUUCCAAUUUAAAAGCUGAACUGGAAAGAAUAAAAUUGGAAAAGGAACAGUUGGAAAGUUCUUCACAGGAAAACCUGCAGCAGCUGGAGAGUCUGCAGGAAGCAAAAAACACUCUAGAAGAACAGCUGAAGAAGGAGACAGCAGCAAAGGCAAACCUUGAACAGCUGGUAUUUGAAGAGAAGAAUAAAGCUCAGCGGUUGCAGACUGAAUUAGAUGUCAGUGAGCAAGUACAGAGAGAUUUUGUGAAGCUUUCUCAGACACUUCAGGUGCAGCUGGAGCGGAUCCGGCAGGCAGAUUCCCUGGAGAGAAUCCGUGCAAUCCUGAAUGACACAAAACUGACGGACAUUAAUCAGCUUCCUGAAACAUGACAUCCUGAUGAGCGGGCUCCAAGGCUGCAUUUGGGGUUUUUAACUCAUCUUUAUAGCAACAUUAAUUAUUAUUUAACUCUAACCGAAAGAGCAGAAGACAACAGAGGGGAGCAUUGACUAAGUUUUGUUUCUAGAGGGGAAGAAGGUUUUGUACUGGGCAGGAAGAGAGCACAAGGGUGACUUGCAGUGUAGGAAGGAGAACUUUCUAAUGGAAACACUAAUGAGCGUGGUGUUUCAUGUUCCACUGAGUGGGAUCAGUCCUUACAUUCUGAAAAACUUCCCCUCUUUCAGCCGACUUCGUAACCUAAUAGAGAGUUUUGGAACAUUUACCCCGUCUUUCCCUCUUUCCUUUUCCCCCACUACUGUGAUCAGAGUAGCUGCUGGAAACCAUAUUGUCCCUCCAAAACAUUGAAGAGCAAAGUGGUUGAAGUUUUUCUGUUUGAAUAGUCAGUAACAGUAUUCAGCUAGCAGAGAGAAUGAGGUGUAGAGUAUGCUGUAUGAAUAUUUUAUAUUAAAAUAUGACUUUAUUAGCAGGACACUGGAUAUCGAUCUUAUUUCAUAACUCAGUACUUUUUUUUUCUUUUUCCUAACCAUUGACUUUGUGUUGAAGAAUUGGGAUGCUGCUGAAAUAUGGUGGACAUGAAUGAGCUGUGUGUGUCCUGAACAGAUAAAUGCUAAUCCAAAAAAAAAAUGAAAAAUGUACUGAGAAUUUAGCUCCUUGAAAUUUUUCUGUUGACUUCUGAUACUUAAAGAAAAGCACAAGAAAUGCACUGUUUUGUAAUCUCUUUUCACAAAUGUAAUUUAGAAUAUGGAACUACAACUGGUUCCUUCUCAUCUCUAAAGCUGACCAGUACCUGUAAUCCCUUCUCUGUUAAAAAAAAAACAAAAAAAAACAAAAAAAAAACAAAAACA